AGAAGGGAAAAAAGCAAAAAGGUUGGCAUGACUUCCCAGUUUUUCGAGCAUCGGCCAGAGCGCCAUGGCCCCAGAACGGGCGGCGGUUCGGCCUUUGAGCCGUGCCAAGUCCGCAAACUGCAACGUCGACGCAUGGGGUAGGGGACCUGCCAGACAUGGAGGAGGGGCGGGAGCUGGCGCCAGUGUUGAACAGCCGGCCAUGAGAAUAUUUACGGCAGGACUUGGCCGGGUGACUGGCGGGGCCUCGGAAGAGGAGAAGCAGCGAGGCAACGAAGGUUGCCGUGGCCCGAGCAGGAUUCGCAUAAGUUCUGGGUUCUAUAGCGCUAUCGGCCAGGUUCAUGCUGGCAAAAGAUGGCGGGUCAAUGCCGCCAUGCCCCUCCGAUUUGCUCGUAUAACAUCCGCCGCUUAG